AUGAAUGACAUGAGGCAAGUUCAGACUCCUGAGUCAUUGCCCAUGUUGGAGAAGGAGAUCAGUGAGCUCCUGCUUUCGCUGCGACCACCGAAAGCCCCAAUUGAGUCUUUGGCCGAUAUCUACAUCAAGAGGUAUGGAAAGCCUCUGAAGAUUGUGGGUUCAUGCACGGAUGCCCAGCAGCAUGAUGACAGCCUCACCUGCCUGCUCACGAUGCUUUGCACCACCAGAGUGAUCGAGAGACAGGGACGGUGUUAUAUUGUCCCGGUGGAAGAGGCCCCUAAGUACUUGGAUGAUGGUUUCAAAUUGGUUAUGUCUCCUGCUAGGAAGGACAGUGACCAGAUUUAUAUUACCUUUGAGCCUAAAAGCACAUUCACCAAAGAAGAUGUUUGGAAAUACUUCAGCCAGUAUGGUCCUGUCAGUGACGUGCAAAUUCCACUCCGGAAGAAACGCAUGUUUGGUUACGUGAGCUUCAUGUACCCUGGAACUGCAAAACGAAUCUUAGCAGAAAGGAGUCCCACAAACCCUCAUUUCAUAUGCGGAGAUCAAGUUUUUGUCAAAGCCUGGAAGGAAAAGCAUGAACUAGAGUAA